AUGUUCCGACUUGCUCGAGCAUCACGCUUACCUCUGCGGCGCUACAUCCAAACCCAGGCCUCCUCCUCCUCCAGGCCCAGUGGGUCUUCUGCAGGAUAUCUUCUCGGGGCUGGCAUCGUUGCUGGGGUUGCAUACGGCGAAUACAACGACAGUGAACACUCAAAUCAGCCCACCAACCGGAAGGGUAUGCACAUACGUAUUGCUCCCGAGUUAUCUUGCUUGUUUGACUCUGGGAAUGUAGAGCAACCAGACUUCGAAACGUUUGUCCGCCAACGGCUGGUCGAGACACGGCGAACGCAAGUCAAGCCAAAUACUUCUUCUUCUGCUUCGACUGCCACAGCAGAGCAUGAUGCGUCAGAAAACAGCGGCGCGUUCAAUCCGGAGACGGGAGAAAUUAACUGGGAUUGCCCAUGUUUAGGCGGAAUGGCCGACGGGCCAUGCGGGGAGGAAUUCCGUGCUGCAUUCUCGUGCUUCAUCUACUCUGAAGUCGAGCCAAAAGGGAUGGACUGUGUGGAGAAGUUCCAGGGUAUGCAAACUUGUUUCCGAGCCCAUCCUGAGGUCUAUGCCGCUGAAAUCGCCGAUGACGAAGCUGCCGAGGCUGCCCUCGCCGCAGAACAAGAGGCAGAAAAAGCGUCCACAUCUGACCCCCUUCCUCCCACCGACGUUCCUUCACCUGCUGCAACCGAGGAAGCGUCAUCAAAGUACAACUUAUAG